AUGAAGGAAUAUUGCGUGCAACGGAUCUCCAAUUCGUUGGAGUCCUUCUCAUUGUUGACGACAUGUGGCGGACGACAGGACGACAGCGAAGACGACGACUGGCGACGACACACGAGUUUCCGCAAGAAAAAGGAUUCCAGAAUUUCCGCAUUCUUUCACAAAUGGCGGCAAAACCGCAUUCAGAGCGAAGCGACGCCUCCGACGACACCGACGACGACACUCGUGUUCGGAACAGAUCUCUGUGAACACCUUUUCGACCAGAAAACGCAAAUUCCGGAAGUUUUGCGAUUCUGUAUUGAAUUCAUCGAAAAGAACGGAAUAAUUAACGGAAUCUACAGAUUGUCCGGAAUUUCGUCCGAAAUCCAGAAAUUGCGGCAAAUCUUCGACCGCAAAGAGAUUCCCGAAUUCGACCACAAAGACGUCCACUGCGUUUCCUCGCUUCUCAAACUCUACUUCCGGUCGCUUCCCAACCCUUUACUCACUUUCCAUUUGUACGACGCGUUCGUCGUCGCCAUCAGAGAGACGACGCCGUCGUCGUCGCGUCGUCUCUCCCAAAUUCGUCGUCUCGUCGCGCGUCUGCCGCCGCCGCACGCGCGCACUCUCGCAGCGCUCGUCAGGCACUUGAAUCUCGUGUCGAAAGAGUGGCCGAAAACGGGAAUGAAUGCCAAGAAUCUGGCCAUCGUGUGGGCGCCGAACCUUCUGCGCAGUCGCGACCUGGAGAACCGGUUGGGCGCGGAUUUGGCCGCUCUUCAGGUGAUCGGCAUUCAAGCGGUUCUCACCGAAUAUCUCAUCGACAACUACGACCACGUGUUUGCGCUGAAAGAGCCAAACGCCCGAAACGUCACUUCCGGUCAUCACGUGUUCGCGAACUCACUCUCCGGUUCACGUGACGCAAGUCAUUGUCGCGAACGACGAACAGAAGCGCAGACUCAGAAUCGAGAGACUGAAGAGCGAGAGAAGACAACAAUUGAAACAAAUGUUCGAAUCGAAGCCUUUGCCGACGCCUCGCAAAACAGUUGCCAACAAAUGGAAGCAAAUCGCGCCAAAAGUAGACACGAGACGACCGGCGACGACACCUGUGCCCACACCGCGUCGGCGCAGUGCGGACGCGACGCCACCGACGACGACGACACUGAAGAUCACUGUUUUGAAAACAAAGUCCGAAAACAAGAGAAAGACUUUUGA